CCCCGGCCGGAUCAGAUGCACCUGCAUGCAACGAGGAGCACGCGCACAACAUUAACCCAUGAGCAGAGCUUCAGAGCUGUGUGCGACAAACAAACUGGCGUCUUCUUUGCUUUUGUUUUUAACAAUUUGCAACAGAACAGAAACCCUGGGUCCACUCCGUACCAGCACAUCAGAGCAGAUGGACCAGGUAUCCAACCGGUCAGGAGUGGGCAGUGAUGAUGAAGAGUUCACGUGGAGCUCUAAUGAAGACGAGCAGAGCUCCGACCCUCAGGGACAGUGUCUUGCUGCACCACAAACUCCCCUGCCGACAUACAAACAGAGGUUUGAUGAAUUUAAGAAGUUGUUCAAAGAACUGCCGGAGUCAGAGAGACUCAUAGUGGACUACCCGUGUGCCCUCCAGCGGGACAUCCUCCUUCAGGGACGCCUCUACCUCGCAGAGAACUGGCUCUGCUUCUACAGCAAUGUGUUUCGGGGUACAAAGAUUACACUGACCCUUAAAGACAUUGUGACUGUGACCAGAGAGAAAACAGCUCGGCUGAUUCCCAACGCCAUUCAGAUCUGCACGAACACAGAGAAGUUCUUCUUCACGUCCUUCGCGGCACGCGAGAAAAGUUACCUGUGUGUUUUCCGCAUGUGGCAAAACACACUGUUGGACAAGCCUCUGACCAGCUUGGAGUUGUGGCAGAUGGUUAAACAGCAUUAUGGGUAUGACCUGGGCCUGAGCCAUGAAGAGAUGGAGAGCUUACAGAUAUCAGCAGACUCAAGCAUGCAGACCAGCCUGACAGCGAGGCCUGGUGGUGAUGAUGGUAUAGGGAAGCUCGAGCGCCCCCCUUCCCUUCGCCUCCCUGGGAUGGAGCACGGGCCUUUAGAUGCUUCGACACCUCAAGGGGAGGACUUGCCUUCCCCUGUCAGCUCACAGAGCUCUCCCAUUUUGCCGGAUGACGCUCGUAGCACCCCGUCUCGGCGCAGCCCAGCUCCGUCGCUGGACCGCCUCGCCCCAGAACGGGUUUCCAAGCGCUCCUCGCUUUCUCUUGACCUUAACGCCAAUGAGAACGACCUGUCUGAACAAACUGGCUCAGAAAGCAUCGAGGAUGUGGAGGAGCGAGUGGGUUCGUCUCAGUUGCAGGGUCGACUUUAUCUAAACAAGGUGUUCCACAUCAGCGCCAACAAGAUGUUUGAGCUGCUUUUCACCGACUCCAGCUUCAUCCGCAGGUUCAUGAACGUCAGGAAGAUAACCAACGCCAGCUUUACUGCUUGGCAAAAAGAUGCCCCAGGAAACAUGAAGAGGAGUCUGAACUACACAAUAACCAUCAGCAACCCUCUGAUUGGCAAGUUCUCCACCGCUACAGAGAACCAGACGCUGUACAAAGAAUCCAGGGAUGGUCAGUAUUACCACGUGGACUCUGAGGUGUACACUCACGAUGUUCCCUAUCAUGAUUACUUCUACACGCAAAACCGGUACUACAUCAUAAGUAACUCGAAGCGAAAGUGUCGGCUAAGGGUUUAUACUGAUGUCAAAUAUAAGAAGCAGCCAUGGGGCCUGGUGAAGUCCUUCAUCACAAAAAACUCCUGGAGCGGCAUAGAAGAUUAUUUCAGACAGCUGGAGGCAGAGCUGCUGGAGGAGGAAGCAGAGAUCAAUCAAGGAGGUGGAGACACAGGGAAGAGCGGUGGGCUGCGGAGGAGGAGGCGGACUUACAGCCGGACUCUGCCUGAGCACAUGAAGCCCAACAAGCAGUUCGGGCAAGACCCCGAACAGCACAGAGAUGGCAACAUGGGACCUGUAGAAAUGAACGGGCCGCACGGAUGGAGCACAACGACAAUAGUGGCUGUGAUGAGUGUGAUCUUGCUGAUUCUGACGGUGAUGAAUCUGGGUCUGUUCUUCAAGUUGUGGGCCAUGGAGGACGUAGCGCACCGCAUGUACCUGAGCACAAAGCAUCGGCUGAGGGAGAGGAGCGAGGCCAGCUUGGCCUCUGAAUAUGGGCCCAGACCGGUACCGGGAUUUAGGACCGCAGAUGAUGCGCAGCUGCUGAAAAUUGUAUUGCAGGACUCAAUCAAGCUUUUAGAACAGCUGCGCAGCUCUCUGCUGGCGCUGCAGCAGAACUUUGCUUUGGCCAAUCACACAGCGGCACCGCAGUGAUGCUCCACACCUGGCAACCACAGAGUACCUGUCCCCUGUGGAGAGGAGCAAAAGACUGCAGUAGUGAACUGCCUCUGAGGAAAUCUCUGGUAUCCAGCGAUGUUGCGGUGUAGACGUCCCCAGACCCCUGUCAUGCCAUGUGUUGCCAGGGGUUACACUUCCCAAAGCCUGUGGCGGGGCAUCAGGUGCCAGAAUGUUUUAAAGAUGUGGACUGACUGCUGUGAAGAUGAAGUUACAUCAGUCGGCCGCACACGGAGCAGCAUGUUUAGACUUCUUUAGGAUGCUAUUGUCAGCUCUCUUAGCUGGCUUCUUUUUCACUCUUAAAUAGUGGCAUUGGGUUUCUGAAGACUCUUUACUGAUGUGCCUUCUUAUGUUGUGAUGAACUGAAAUACUUUUAUUUGUGUUUUACUCCAGGGAAGUGAAUCAAUAUUAUUUAAAAUAACUAUUUUCACUAUGUACAUUUUUGCACAUAUUUUAAUUUUUGCACAAGUGCCCUUUAGAUAUAUUUUAGUAUUUUUACUCUUCCAAUAAAAACUGUAGAAUCAGGGCCUCAAAUUUGAGUUUGUCCUAUCUUUUGUAAUCAUAAUAAUUUAUCUGUUUUUGUAUAUGUGAACUGCAGGAAUAGAUGCAACAUAAUUAACAAAUGCAAAUAAAAAAUAUUUUAUAAUACUGUAUAUGAGCCAAAUCUGGUGAGCAGAGAUACUGCUGAUGGUGGGCCUUGAGUUUUUUUUUUUUUAAAAAAGUAUGAUUUGCUGUAAUUUUGAGUACUAGGUGUAGGGUCAGUGCAACUAUCUCAGGUUUUCGUAGUACUUUUCUCUCACACUGUGAACACCAAAUGCAAAUUUGUUUUGUGAUUUCCAAAUUGACACUAACACUACAGUCGUUUUCUUUGUAUCAGUUGUUGGUGACAUGCCACUACAAUGACCUUGAGCCUGUUUGAUGUUUACAGUGUUGCCAUCAGCCUUGUCUGUGUGCGUACAUUUGUUCAGCCACUUAAAACCACUUCUACAAGCAACCAUUUAUGUAAAUUUGUUCCUGUAUUGUACAUUUUUUUGCCAUAUUGCAAUUCACUGUUUUAAUAAACAAGAUUUCUUGCCAGAA